GAGGAGGUCAUGUGACGUACUCAUCUGUGCAGGUACCUCAGGGAUAGGCAUGUCGGGUAGGUGGGGUCGCAGCUCCCUCUCUGGUCGGAGGCAAAGCGCCUCAUUAAAUCAAAUCAGUGCGGAAACAAGGUGGUGUUAGGACGGAGAGGACCGGUCUGCGGAAGACGCGCUUCAGCUUAAAGGAGAAAAAACUGCGGUCGACGAGACGAUUUAUCGGUGCGUGGGUUUGGAUGUGGUGGUGAUGGUUGACUUUCUGUAGCAGUUUAGCGUCCCAGGAUGAACUUUCAUAUCUGCCUCUCCUCUCUCUUAACUGUGCUGCUUUUUCAAGUUCAGCACGGCACCUCUGUGCAGGAGCUUCAAACCAGCCAUGAGAACAUUGUGAAAAUCAACUCUGCAGGAGAAAUGAUGCAGUGCUCAGCAGUCAUGGAUAUCCUCUUCCUCAUGGAUGGUUCCUACAGCGUUGGGAAAGGCAGCUUCGAGAGGUCCAAACACUAUGCGAUCAAACUCUGUCAAGCACUAGACAUCGGAGCAGAUAAGGUGCGAGUUGGUUUAAUUCAGUUUGGCUCAACUCCUCGGCUUGAGUUUACCCUGGACUCAUACUCCACCAAGCAGGAGCUGAAGAAGCAGAUAAAGAGCAUUUCUUACAGGGGAGGCAGCACCCAGACAGGCCUGGCUCUGAAGUACAUCCUCAGGAAGGGUUUCCCAGGCGGCCGUAACUCUUCCAGUGUGCCUCGCAUCGUCAUCCUGAUGUCAGAUGGGAGAUCUCAGGGCAACUCGGUGCUGGCAGCUGCUCAGCUCAAAGACACAGGCGUGGUUGUGUUUGCUGUGGGCUUGCGCUACCCCAAAUGGGAGGAGCUUCACGCUUUAGCCAGUGAGCCAACAGAGAGCCACGUUUUCCUCGCCGAGCAUUUCCAUGAUGGUGUCAAUGGCCUGUACACAACACUGAGCACGUUCUCUUUCUGCAACGCCACACCCGCAGGCUGUCGGAUGGAGACAUUUCCCUGUGAGAGGAAGACACUGGAGACAGUUAAAGAGCUGCAGGGGAACUACAUGUGUUGGAAAGGUUCCAAAGGCUAUUCCCCAUACACAUCUCUCUGUCCCUACUACAGGUACAACAAGGUUUAUACGAGACACCAGACAGUCUGCCAUAGAACAAUUUGUCCGGAUCCCUGUGAUUCUCAGCCAUGCCUGAAUGGUGGAACAUGUGUAUCAGAAGGUUCAGAGGGCUACCACUGCGUGUGUCCUCCUGGCUACGGAGGAGACCCACACUGUGCUCCUGCAUUAUUGCUGGACUGCUCUGUAGACCUGCUCUUCCUGCUGGAGGGCUCUGCCACACUCACCAUGGAAGGCUUUCUCCGCCUGAAGUCCUUCUUAAAGCGCUUCCUGCAGACUGUGAUUGGCUCUAACAGUCCCAGCAAGGUCGGCCUGGCGGUGUUUGGCGGGGAACCACGAGUCGAGGCCCAGGUUGGCAAGUUCAAAGGAGACCUGAGCAGUCUUCUUAAUGCUGUGUACUCACUUCAGCUAAUUGGUGGUGAAACAAACACGGGCCAGGCCCUCCGCUAUGUUACCCGCCAUGGCUUUAUGAGCGCGCCGGUCUUUGCCGAUGUCGCGGACGACCUUCCCCGUGUGGUGGUGCUGCUCACCGCCACUCCUGCCGCAGAUGAGGUGGUUGAGCCGUCUAAAUAUGCACGAGACAGAGAGAUCUUCCUGAUAGGAGUGGGACCUGACAGCUUAAAGGUGCAGCUGAAUAACAUCACAGGAAAUCUGCAGAGGACCCUCACCUACUCAUCACCUGAUAGGCUCGCUUCCAAGAUCCCUGAGCUGAGGGCCAAGAUCUGCAGCGUGGAUACGCAAGGUUGUCUGGGUCAAGCUGUAGAUCUGGUGUUUGCCCUGGAUGCUUCAGGUGGUGUGGGCCGUGAUAACUUUGCCACCCUGCAGAACUUUGUGCGCAGUGUCACCGUCCAGUUCGACAUCAACCGUGACGUGGCUCAAGUGGCCCUUGUGGCGUACAGUAGGAGACCCACCACUGUUUUCAAGCUGGACACGUAUGAGACUGGUUCUUCCAUCAUUCAGGCUGUAGGUGACGCCAAGUAUGUGGGUGGAGUGGCUUCGACGGGUGGGGCGUUGCUGCACAUCCACUCUAAUGUUCUCACCAUAGCUAAUGGCGCACGACCGGGAGUGAACAAGGCUGUAGUAGUGGUGACGGACGGCACCGGUGGGGAUGAUGCUGUCGUACCAGCUCAAAAGAUAAGAGACAAUGGAGUCUCAGUGCUUGUGGUUGGUAUCGGCGAUGUCCAGAGGGAGAGGCUGGUGCAGAUUGCCGGUGCAGAGGAGCACAUGAUCUCAGUGCCGUCCUACGAGGAUCUCAAGUACUUUGAGGAUGUCCUGGUGCAGAUGCUGUGUUCAGAGGUGAAGAAACCUGUAAACCUGUGCAAGCCUAACCCAUGUAUGAAUAAUGGGGUCUGCAUCUUGUCAGAAGGGAGCUUUCGCUGUCAGUGCCAAGGCUAUGAGGGGCCGCACUGCGAAAGAAGAAGCAGCAGGUCUUCAUCCAGAGGGGAUCUUCCAAGACCUGCUGGUCUGAGGAGGAAGAGCAGACAGAGGAAGAACCACCAGGAGCUUCUGCAUCGCUACAAACUACACCGUUGGAGACAUACUCCCUGACAUGCCCU